GGCCGAGGCGCGCAGCAUGGAGUGGGGUUACCUGUUGGAAGUGACCUCUUUGCUGGCCGCCUUGGCGCUGUUGCAGCGCUCGAGCGGUGCGGCGGCUGCCUCGGCUAAGGAGCUGGCUUGCCAAGAGAUCACCGUGCCGCUGUGCAAGGGCAUCGGCUACAACUACACCUACAUGCCCAACCAGUUCAACCACGACACGCAGGACGAGGCGGGCCUUGAGGUGCACCAGUUCUGGCCGCUAGUAGAGAUCCAGUGCUCGCCCGACCUCAAGUUCUUCCUGUGCAGCAUGUACACGCCCAUCUGCCUGGAGGACUACAAGAAGCCCCUGCCUCCUUGCCGCUCGGUCUGCGAGCGCGCCAAGGCCGGCUGCGCACCCCUCAUGCGCCAGUACGGCUUCGCCUGGCCCGACCGCAUGCGCUGCGACCGGCUGCCGGAGCAGGGCAACCCCGACACGCUGUGCAUGGACUACAACCGCACCGACCUCACCACAGCCGCACCCAAUCCGCCGCGCCGCCUGCCGCCGCCGCCCCCGGGUGAGCAGCCGCCCUCCGGCAGUGGCCACGGCCGCCCGCCCGGGGCCAGGCCCCCGUCCCGCGGCAGGGGCGGUGGCGGCGUGGACGCAGCGGCGCCCCCCACGCGCGGCGGCGGCGGCGGCGGCGGCGGGAAGGCGCGGCCCCCUGGCGGCGGCUCCGCUCCCUGCGAGCCGGGCUGCCAGUGCCGCGCGCCCAUGGUGAGCGUGUCCAGCGAGCGGCAUCCCCUCUACAACCGCGUCAAGACCGGCCAGAUUGCCAACUGCGCGCUGCCCUGCCACAACCCCUUCUUCAGCCAGGACGAACGCGCCUUCACCGUCUUCUGGAUCGGCCUGUGGUCUGUGCUGUGCUUCGUGUCCACCUUCGCCACCGUCUCCACCUUCCUCAUCGACAUGGAGCGCUUCAAGUAUCCUGAGCGGCCCAUUAUCUUCCUGUCGGCCUGCUACCUCUUCGUGUCUGUCGGCUACCUGGUACGCCUGGUGGCGGGCCACGAGAAGGUGGCAUGCAGCGGCGGCGCGCCCGGAGCGGGCGGUACGGGAGGCGCGGGCGGCGCGGCGGCGGCAGCGGGCGCGGGCGCGGCGGGCGCGGGCGCGGGUGGCCCUGGCGGGCGCGGCGAGUACGAAGAACUGGGCGCUGUGGAGCAGCACGUGCGCUACGAGACCACGGGCCCAGCGCUGUGCACCGUGGUCUUCUUGCUCGUCUACUUCUUCGGCAUGGCCAGCUCCAUCUGGUGGGUGAUCCUGUCGCUCACGUGGUUCCUGGCAGCGGGCAUGAAAUGGGGCAAUGAGGCCAUCGCUGGCUACUCGCAGUACUUCCACCUGGCCGCGUGGCUCGUGCCCAGCGUCAAGUCUAUCGCCGUCCUGGCGCUCAGCUCCGUGGACGGCGACCCGGUGGCCGGCAUCUGCUACGUGGGCAACCAGAGCCUCGACAACCUGCGCGGCUUCGUGCUAGCGCCGCUCGUCAUCUACCUCUUCAUCGGCACCAUGUUCCUGCUGGCCGGCUUCGUGUCGCUCUUCCGCAUCCGCUCAGUCAUCAAGCAGCAGGGCGGCCCCACCAAGACGCACAAACUGGAGAAGCUCAUGAUCCGCCUGGGUCUCUUCACCGUACUCUACACCGUGCCCGCCGCCGUCGUGGUCGCCUGCCUCUUCUAUGAGCAGCACAACCGCCCGCGCUGGGAGGCCACGCACAACUGCCCAUGUCUGCGGGACCUGCAGCCAGACCAAGCGCGCCGGCCCGACUACGCCGUCUUCAUGCUCAAGUACUUCAUGUGCCUCGUGGUGGGCAUCACCUCGGGCGUGUGGGUCUGGUCCGGCAAGACUCUCGAGUCGUGGCGCGCCCUGUGCACCCGCUGCUGCUGGGCCAGCAAGGGUGCUUCGGGGGGCGCUGGCGCUGGGGUCGCAGGGGGGGGUGGGGUGCCGGGAGGUGGUGGGGGCGUGGGGUCCGGUGGGGGCGGGGUCCCGGGCGGUGGGGCGGGAUCCCUCUACAGCGACGUCAGCACCGGCCUGACGUGGCGAUCUGGCACGGCCAGCUCCGUGUCUUAUCCAAAGCAAAUGCCAUUGUCCCAGGUCUGAGAGGAGGGGAGGGGGCACCCGGAAGGAAUGGGGAGGGGGGCGAGGAAACAGUGCAGCGAAGGGACACUCGACGGGCUGAGGUUCCCACCCCUUCACCGUGUUGAUUGCUAUUAGCAUGAUAAUGAACUCUUAAUGGUAUCCAUUAGCUGGGACUUAAAUGACUCGCUUAGAACAAAGUACCUGGCAUUGAAGGCUCCCAGACCCAGCCCCCUUUCCUCCAUUGAUAUGCGUGGAGCUCCUCCCGCCAGGCGUUAAUCUCUGUUGGCAGCGGAGGGUGGACUCUGCUGCUGCGUUUCAGAACGCAAGGUUUGUAGCCCUCGCUGGUUGCCAUUUGAUGAGCUUGAAGCCAGAUCUACAGAUUUCACCUUGAGGGACCUGUUUUUCUCCCUCUACUCUCCUACGUAAAUUCUUACUCCUAACAUAUCCUAGAGGAGGGAUGACCGCGACCUAAUGGAAUUGCACGGUUUGGGUAUUCUUAAUGACCAGGCAAAUGCCUUAAAUAAACAAACAAGAAAUGUCUUAAUUAUACACCCCAAGUCAAUACGGGUUUCUUACAUUAGAGGAUGUAUUUAUAUAAUUAUUUGUUAAAUUGUAAAAAUGUGUAAAAUAUGUACAUAUUCAAAGAUAUACAGUCUGUACAUUUUUUUUUGUAAAAAGUUUAGAGGCCACCCCUGUAAGAACAAAUAUAAGUAUUCUAUUUUGUCAAUAAAAUGACUUUUGAUAAAUGA